AUCAUGUUGGCUACUGGUACUGCUGUCAUUUUGGCCAUCUGAAGGUGGGAAGUGGAAAAAGACCAGACUCUUGUUUUUCUGAAUAUAGUCACUGAUGUUUGCCUUCUAGUGAAGACAGGAGUCUGCUUCCAAAAGUAACCAAAGCAGACUUUUGCAAGGUAACUCAUGGAUCUGUGAGCCAUUGGGUGACACUCUUGGUAGGAGAUCCUUACCCGCCAAACUCCAUUGAGACGUUUAUUCCUUCCUGAAAAGAACACAAAUAUUUUUCAGCCAGGAAGGUUUUUUAAAAAGUAGAAAAAAACCACCACCCAGAAGGAACCUUUGAUUGAUUCUGCCAUUUCCUUAGGCAAAGCCAUGUGAGAAGAUGACCCUUUGAUGAGAACUAUUCCUCUAUACAAGGCAAAGACUUCAGCCCAUCCAAUAUUGAUGCAUGAAUUACCUCCUAAUCUAAUCUUUAAGACACUAUCAAAGAAGAAGUAAGGAAUUCAUGAGUGAACAGAGAAAAUGGAAAAGGCCUGAGUAAGAAAUGACUGAGGUCUAUUUCAGAUUCCGUGGAAAUCUUACUGGUCGUGCCCACCCACCCCCAACCCUGGCUACAGGAGUGGCAAAUGCAGAUAAAUACUCCAACUUGUAUAUGUAUGUAGGGUUGUUUCUGACCCUACUGGCCAUCCUACUUAUUCUACUUUUCACCAUGCUCCUGCGUCUGAAACACGUCAUCUCCCCUAUUACCACAUCUCCAGAGAGCACUGAGAACAUCCAGCAGUUUACAGAUGUUGAAAUGCAUGGCAGGAUCCCCAGUACUUAGUGGGCUGGAGGCUGGGAAGCAACUGGUUGCAAAAAAAGAUUGUCUGCGAUGAGAAAUCAAUUUCAUAUGGUGGAAUGUGUGGAGUAGAAGAUUCUGCUCUCGCAUUCUAGAUUUCUGGAGUGCAAACUCUGGACAGCCUUGAGGGAUGCACUGGCAGAGGGUUGGCCUGGAUGGCCUUUAAGGUCCUUUCCAACUCAGUGAUUCUACAUAGAAUUCAGUUUGCCUUGGAAAUGGCAAGACAAGUAUCCAGCAAGCUUAGCUUGACACUAAGAGCUGUAAGCAGCAUGUGCUGUGACGUUUGGUUUCAAACAACCUACAUAUAGACAUAUGAAGCCGCUUUAUAAUGAGCUGGUAUAAUCUGGCCCUGUACUCAUCGUUCUGGACUGGUAAGAGCUCUCCAAAACAGCCCAGGUGACUGGUUUUUUUGCAGGAGAAAAUAGAGGACUCCUGGACUUAACGAUGAAUAAAAGCAAUAGAAGGAACUAGCACUGUAUCAAAACCUGUUUGCCUAUCUCUCCCUCUGUGAAAGAGGUUGCAGGUUUAUCUGCCUCAUUCUCAGGACACUUGAGCACUUCUUCAGAAUUCUGGUAGCUGUAGGAUUGAGACACCCUUGGGUGGUAUGGGAGCUUUUCAUUCCAAUAAACACUUCUCGGUGCUUCUGCAGCCUCCCUAACUGCCUGUGCUUCUGAAAGAGCCCCAUGGGAGAAACUACCGGUACUUCAUGACUUAUUUCUGGGUUUUAAUUGAAGCAUGGGAAACCUAGGAAAACUAUUACUGAGUACCUGAGACUGCUGUGCUUACAGAUUUUAUUUCUAAGAGAUAUAUUUCCUUUUUAACCUUUCCACACUGAUUUCUUUAAAAGUACAAAGACUUCACUUAAAAAAACAAACAGUUGUCAGGUACACAGUGGGCAGCCUCCUCACCUUCCCAUACAUUAAGAAAAGCCCAGCUGAUGAUGUCAUGGCUUUGUCAGGAAGGGCACCCAGGAAGGCUGCAGAGCACAGACUACUGGGGAGAAGAUUUGUAGAGUGAUAUAAAGCACACUCACAAACAACUCUAGGCCACCUUGAAGGUAAGUGCAACAAAAACAAAACAAAUCUUCCCACAGAUUCUUUUUAAUGCAGUUUCUUGAGAGAAAUGCAGGAGAAUUUUUCAGUAGAGCAUGAGAAGCAAUAUGAGCAUUAACCACAAGAUUAAAUACUAUACAGCUUCAUACCUUUUCUUGGUUAUAACCAGAACCAGUGCAUAAUACAGGAACUAAAGUGUGAGUGAUGUAUUCUUGAAGGUCAUCUUUGCACCCAAAGAGAUUCUGUCUCUGCUAACAUGAACAGUGGCUUAGUAAUUCUGCAUGGCUCACCACAGGAAAGCAAUGAAGUCCUAAAUCUUUCUCUCUCAAGUGAUUUGCAAAAUCUAGCUUUCCUGCAAUAUACACAUUCCAGUACAGCAUUCUGUUCCAAGACCAGAACAACUCUAAAGAAUGAGUUCCUGGUUCACUUAAACUGCAGGAGCCAAUCCCCAUUGGAUAGAUUAGUUUGUUCCACUAAAAUUAACAGGAACUGCUGUGUAUGUGUCCUAUGCACUAGGAUCUCUGGAUUGGCAAAAAUAACAUUCACAUUUUUGGACACUAAUUUGCCAAUCUAUCAAUGAGUUGGGCAACCUGCACUGGCUCCAACUGAAAAAUAAUAAUGCUAAAAUACCCCCUUUCUUUAAUCCAUCUGGAUACUAUUCCCUCUAUUUCAGGUUCCUUCCCCAAAUCUUUGAGGCCUCUUGGCUUUCAAUGUGACUAUGGUACCAAUUGGUGCCUUGUGGUUUCCUUUGAAAGGACAGCCCCUGGUGGAUAAAACCAAGGACCCAUCUAAUCCAGCACCCAAUUCUCAUAGUGGCCAGCCAAUGGGAAGCCCAUGAGCAGGACAUGAGCACAACAGCACUCUCCCCACUUGUGAUCCCCCACCCCACCCCACCCUCUUGGCAUGUUACCUCUGAUACU